AUGGGUAAGCCUUCUCUCACGAUAACAACAGCGAAAGCCAUUAUAAACUCAGAAUAUACGCUUAUCAAAUCACAUUCUAAAUACAAGCUUCCUGUGUAUUUUAGUAAGCUCGAUGCAGACUUAACUGAGGGAAGAAUCACGGUUGUUAAGCUAUUUUACCGCCGAUUUAUGAGACUGAAACCCUUCAUAUCAAAUGUGAAAAUGGUUAAAGACACUUAUAGGGAUUAUCUUCGCUAUAAGUUCGUUAAAGAAAACUACGAACUCAAACGAUAUCUGGCAUUCUAUCCUGAUAGUAUGAGAUCAGAAACCGAGCUUGAACUUCUGAGUGACAUAAAAUGUAAUGAAAAGGUACUGCCAAUGGAUGAAAUGCAAAAAACCUUGGACUUUGUUCUAAAAAGUUGUUCAUAUCUGCCUGAAACAAAACACCAAAAGUGGGACAUUGCAAGAGACAACACAUAUUGCAGGCAAAUUUUAAAGAACCUUUUAACGAUGCAGUAUGAAAAGUAUAGGUCAAAGUCAUAUCGAGGAAUAGGUCAUGAUGAACUUGAUGUCAAGUUCUCUCAUUUGAAAGCUGCUUCUAUUCGGCAGACUAAAUCAAGCAAAAGUGAUAAAAAAAAGAUUCCGCUGUACAAAGUAUUUAGUGAUUUCGAUACAACUUUAGUAUAUCUCAAUGAAACAUUAGGUACAAGGCUGUAA